AUGGAUUUUGAAUGCAAGGACGUUAGCGUUUGGAAAGAAGCACUCUCUUCUUACCCAUCUCAAAUCCAAUCUCUUUCUCUCACCAAGAAAAAACCCGAUUUAGUUUCUCUUAACCAAUUUUACUGCAACGAACUCCCUUCUCUCAUUCACCAACGAAACCCUAACCCUUUCAUCACCACUCAAGAACUUUCCAAACUCAUGCAAUGGAAACUCACCCGUGGAAAAUGGAGGCCGCGUUUGUUGGAUUUUGUUUCUUCCAUAGAGGAUGCUGUUGUGAAACGCGCUUCUGAGAAAGCUUUUGAGAGUCUUCCUGAUGUGUCCAAAGCGAUUUCUGAGUUAAGCACGUUGAAAGGAGUUGGUCCUGCUACUGCUUCUGCUGUUUUGGCUGCGUUUGCUCCGAACUUGACCCCUUUUAUGUCUGAUGAGGCUAUGCAGGCUGCUCUUGGAAACUCAAAAGAUUAUACGCUGAAGCAGUAUCUUAUAUUUGCCAAUAAACUGCAGGAGAAAGCAAAGGAACUAAGUUCAGAAGAGACCCCCUUUACCCCAUCUGAUGUAGAAAGGGCUUUGUGGAGCUGUGCUAUGGGGAAGUUAUCAGCACCUAAAUCAAAUCAGGAUCCUAAGACCAAUCCAAGCAAAAGCUCCAAAAGAAAGAGAAAAACUUGA